ACAAUUGAACAGUCAAACGAUUUUUGAGCAAGCACAAAGUUCUUUGAAUACUAAAAAGCUAUCAAAAUGAAAGCCACUUUCACCUUUGCCGCUGUGCUUUGUGCCUAUUUGUUGGUGCAAUCAGCCGUAGCAUUGCCGCUAUCUGCUGAGUCGCUGGAGAGUAUUGAGGCACAGCCCCAAAAGAAUGGACAAAAGAAAUUGCCGCCAAUUACCAUUGAUGCGCAAAUGAAUGCCUCGGCACAUAUUACAGUGCCUGAGGAAGUUGCCGAAGCUCUUGCCAAAUUGAUCAUCAAAUUGCAGGAAGAGCAGAACCAGAAACAUGGACAUCAUGGUCAGAAACCAAAACCACCAACAGCUGAUGAGCCCGCACAGGCUGAUAAGCCAGCCCAAGCUGAUGAGCCAGCACAAGCUGAUGAGCCAGCCCAAGCUGAUGAGCCCGCACAGGCUGAAGAGCCAGCCCAAGCUGAUGAGCCAGCACAAGCUGAUGAACCUGCAAAGGCUGAAGAACCCGCACAGGCUGAUGAGCCAGCACAAGCUGAUGAACCUGCAAAGGCUGAAGAACCCGCACAGGCUGAUGAGCCCGCACAGGCUGAUGAACCCGCACAGGCUGAAGAACCUGCACAGCCUGAAGAACCUGCCAAGGCUGAGGAGCCAGCUCAGGCUGAUGAACCAGCACAAGCUGAUGAACCUGCAAAUGCUGAUGAGCCCGCACAGGCUGAAGAGCCCGCACAGGCUGAGGAGCCAGCUCAGGCUGAUGAACCAGCACAGGCUGUAUAAGCCUAAACGUUUUAGCUCAGUCAGCAAGUCGAAAUAACUGCAUAAUCGCAAAAUCUCUUAUUUAUUCACCUUAUGUUCUAUAUUCCAUUUCUUUCCCCUGGAAAUCGAAAUGUUGAAAAAUUGAGAAUUUUAAGAAAUUGUGUAGUAAUUUUGAAAUAAAGAAUUUAAAUAUUGA